CUUCUCACACCCACACCCACGGCUUUUUCUUGACCUAGCUAGGGUAGGCCUGUCCUUCCGUUCCUGCACCACAGUUAACCCACUCGCUAGAUAAUUAGGAUCAGCUAGAAGAUAAGUACGCAAACAUGGAUCAGUUUCCCCUUCUUCCUAGUGGCUCCAAGGCCAACACCUCCACACCCUUGUACCUCGCCUUAGACAACACAACCUCGGGGGCAUCCACCUCACCAGUGCCGGAGCCGGCGCCGGCGCCGCCUGAACCUUCCGGACACUCCAACCAUGACAGGGGAACGGAUACAGUCAAAGCCAAGAUCAUGUCGCACCCUCUCUAUCCUGCUCUCCUGACAUCCUUCAUAGAGUGCCAGAAGGUCGGAGCCCCGCCGGAGAUUGUUGGUCGGUUGUCCGCCCUCGCCGCCGACCUCGAUUCAGAUCCUGGCGACCGGCGUCAAGACCCGGUGCCGGACCCUGAACUUGAUGAGUUCAUGGAGACCUACUGCGAUGUGCUUGUCAGGUACAAGCAGGAGCUCGCAAGACCAGUCCAAGAAGCCGACCAGUUCUUCAGGGCCAUGGAGGCGCAGAUGGAGUCAUUUACGCUAGACGACCAAAGCUACGAAGGGGGCGGUUCCUCCGAAGACGAGCAAGAAACGGGCGACGUCGGCGGCCUGCCAGAGAUCACGAGUCACUGCGCGGAGGACAAGGAGCUCAAGAGCCAUCUCCUGAACAAGUACAGCGGCUACCUGAGCAGCCUCUGGAAGGACCUCUCCAAGAAGAAGAAGAAAGGCAAGCUGCCGAGGGACGCGCGGCAGAAGCUCCUGCACUGGUGGCAACUGCACUACCGAUGGCCCUACCCGUCGGAGCUGGAGAAGGCGGCGCUGGCGGAGUCGACGGGGCUGGACGCCAAGCAGAUCAACAACUGGUUCAUCAACCAGCGGAAGCGGCACUGGAAGCCGACGCCGCCGGCGAUGGAGUACAUGCCGCAGCAGCAGAACCACCACCACCCCUACGGCGGCGCUUCCAGCAGCUCCCCCGCCCCCUUUCGGACGACGGAAGGGCAUUACUUCGCCGGAGGAAGCGUGUAUCCCCGUGGCCCCUGAUGCUCGUCAGGCCGACGUAGGUACGUAUAGCGUACGAGCUCAUCGGUACGUUGGUAUAUGAAGAUAUUGAGAUGCACGGUGUGAGUGUGGUUUACUGGUGGCGUGUAUACGUACAAGAGAAAGGUGUGAUAGCACCCGGGUGCCUAGGCACCUUUUCUAAAUAGUAAAACCAAAAGAAAUAAAAAACAAAAUCAAAAAAACCUGAAACUUUGCAGCAUCAAAGAUGAUCAAACUUUGUAUAUUUUUGUAAAUUAUCAUGCCAAAAUAUCUUCUAGAGAGAUAUAUACAAACAAGUUUCAGAUUUUAAUGCUAAAAGUGCUUAAAACUUUAAGAACUGAAAAUCUUUUUCGUGUGUAGAACUUCACGAAUAGUUUUUUGGCAUGAAAAUUGCAAACACCUACAAAGUUUUAUCAUCAUUGAUGUUGCAAAGUUUCAGAAUUUUUUGAUUUUGAUUUUGAUUUUUUUCAUUUUACUGUUCAUAAAGGGUGCCUAGACACCCGGUAGUUUAAAAAUCCACUCUCAUACGUACAAAGCUAAAUACAGAAGUGGGUGAGAAUCCCAGAGCAGACGAACAGGAGCGUUUCGAGCUAGGGGAGCAGCUCGGCUGAGUGGAGAAAGCCAUUUUCUUGUAGUGACCGUAUAGGGAUCCGGAUUUGACAUACAUGUAUACGGAGAUGCAUGCGGUGACAAUUGCCAUCACCAAUUGGAUGUCUCAUGUCAGACUAGUUCUACAUAUAUGUUACGCUUGUAUGUGUCUGCAGCGUUUGUGUAAGUGGCAUAGGAGAAAAACGUGUGAUCUUUAAUUAUAGUUGAUUUGGAUGAUAAAUUCUUUGGCUGGAACCUAUGUUGCAGCUGGAUCCAAUGACAUAUUUUUGAGUAUCUUUCGCCUUCAGUA